CUUCGCUUCAUCCGCGGCAACUUCGAAUGUGAAAUGUGAUUGGAUUUUGGUGCGGAAAAAUGACAACUGCCGAUGUAUUUCAACUUGAUAUGCCGGAAUCUUCGAGUUUCGAGGAAGGGGAGGAGGUUUCUGAUGAUUUUCACCAACAUGCAGCUGGCGUUGAGGCCGAAUUUCUUGAGCAUGGGCCGCUUAGGCCAGAUGAGCUAAAUGGAGAUAUCGAGACCGUUGAAAUAUGUGAGGAAACGGUCAAUCCUGGACAGCCAAAAGUUCGGCCUUACGAUUUUCAGCUUUUGAAAGUUCUCGGGAAAGGUGGAUAUGGAAAGGUUUUCCUUGCUCGCAAAAUUGAUACUGGCCAGACAUAUGCGAUGAAAGUUCUAAAGAAGGCGUCCAUCGUUACUAACGCCAAGGAUACGGCACAUACCAAAAGCGAACGAAAUAUCCUGGAAAUGAUUAAGCAUCCUUUUUUAGUGCAGCUGCAUUACGCGUUUCAAACACCAGGAAAAUUGUACUUAGUACUGGAAUUCCUAGCCGGAGGCGAACUUUUCAUGCAGCUGGAAAAAGAGGGCGUCUUUAUGGAGGAUAAGGCCAGGCCGAAUUUCUUGAGCAUGGGCCGCUUAGGCCAGAUGAGUAAGCUAAAUGGAGAUAUCGAGACCGUUGAAAUAUGUGAGGAAACGGUCAAUCCUGGACAGCCAAAAGUUCGGCCUUACGAUUUUCAGCUUUUGAAAGUUCUCGGGAAAGGUGGAUAUGGAAAGGUUUUCCUUGCUCGCAAAAUUGAUACUGGCCAGACAUAUGCGAUGAAAGUUCUAAAGAAGGCGUCCAUCGUUACUAACGCCAAGGACACGGCACAUACCAAAAGCGAACGAAAUAUCCUGGAAAUGAUUAAGCAUCCUUUUUUAGUGCAGCUGCAUUACGCGUUUCAAACACCAGGAAAAUUGUACUUAGUACUGGAAUUCCUAGCCGGAGGCGAACUUUUCAUGCAGCUGGAAAAAGAGGGCGUCUUUAUGGAGGAUAAGGCCAGGUGGGUGAAAUUUGAGUUGUGA